AGUUAGCUUCUACCUCUUCACAUUCAUCUCUGGGCGCAUCCCUGCUUUCCAACAUCUCACAAAACUGUUCAACAUUGACCGACUCUUCUCCACGGUUUAACCGUUCCUCCAGCCACCGGACCAGGACUACCUCAUUCCCGGCUAGGACAGACUCCCGAAUGACGACUCCCGAGUCGCUAAUACGAGCCGCUGCUUCUCUCAGUUUCACUUGUUCGAAGAAGACGGCGGGGCUUGGGGGCCCACCAGCGGCCACAGAAACAUUCUUCGGUGCUCGCCUUCCGCCUCUCCCGGGACCGGAGCCUCCGACACCAGUGGCCGCAGAGGCCGGACUGUCUUCCGCCAAACCGGGGCUAUCCGUUCCCAUGUCUUCGUCGUCGCAGCUGCCUCCCCCGCCGCCGCUCUCUGCGUUGCCCAUGACUGUUUUACGUACGAUUCACCGAAUAACACUGUCGCUUUUACAGGACUGUACAAAAAAUGUUUCUACUAACCUACACUACUACCGCAUUGACGUACAGUACGUGGUGGACUUGCCUGAAACGUUGUUUACGUUAGCCAUAUGCGCAUGCCCAAUCUCUUCUUCGUUUACGGAAGUAUCUGCGAAGGCGCUAAUGGGUCAAUGAAAAUGUCGGAAAUUACAGCAUCAACAUUUAAACAAUGCGCUGCUAUGUAAUAUUGGCAAACAUUUAAACAAUGCUCUGCUAUGUAAUACUGUCAAUCUUAUCGGCGUGCUUGGCAGCGCUUUUCCUUCCUGGCCAGUGGUGGUUGAAAUCAGGAAGUAAAUCUAGACAGGAGUUACCGAGGCCACUCCUGAAUAGCCACGAGUUGUCGUUGUACGACGGCAAAGAAGGCAGCAAGGGUAUUUACCUGGCCAUACUCGGGCAGGUGUUUGACGUGCGCGAGGGUCGUAAGCAUUAUGGGCCUGGUGGGGCAUAUCACUUUUUGGCAGGAAAGGAUGCAUCACUGGCCUUCAUCACAGGAGAUUUUACAGAAAGUGGGUUGACAGAUGAUGUGUCCAGCUUGUCCCCAUUACAGGUGGUAGCCCUGUUUGACUGGCUGCUCUUUUAUCAAAGGACCUAUCAAAGUGUAGGUUUGGUGAUAGGACGGUUCUAUUCCAAAAGUGGAAAACCCACAGCGUUUCUAUUGCAUGUUGAAUCAUUGCUUGUAAAAGGCCAGCAACUCAAAGCAAAGACAGAAGCAGAAAUGCUUUACUACCCUUCCUGUAACUCACAGUGGAGUACAGCUAGGGGAGGGAGAGUCUGGUGCUCCACCCAGAGUGGUGGAAUUCAAAGAAGUUGGACUGGUGUCCCGCGAAAAUUAUUCUCAGUAGGUGCGAGUGGGUCCCGUUGCGUCUGUGUGGAAGAUCCAUCUACAGCCAACGAGAACCCCAACCUGCAGGAAUAUGAUGGCUGCCCGACACAUGAGGCCAUUCUCCAGAGCGAGCCAUAAUGGAGGGUCCCCUUUGUCAUCCACCACUGACAUAUCGGCUCCUCUUGUGCAAAUAGCAUCCACCACUAAUGGCAACUGGUUACUGAUGGCCAACUGCAGUGCUGUCUGUCCUUCCAGGGUCCUAACAGGGACACAAUAUUUUUUCGACAUUCAUUUUUUAAAUCUGCCAGUUAAUGUCCAUCUGCAAAUUUUUUUUUUUUAAAUUACCACAGAAAUAAAAAUUCUUGGUGGAAGCCGGAUAUGAAGAACAGAGGCAAAAACUGAAACUAUGUAUUAUUCAAAAUAAUAUUUUUUGUACAUUAUGGUAUGUAAAAAAUAAAAUUAAGCCAAUUAUUAUUAUGAUUUUUAUUCUUUAAAUUUUAUUUAUUUCUAUUUUAAUAUGAUUUUUUUAAUACUUAGAAUUACAAAAAUAUUUGUUAUUUACAGUGGUACCUCUACUAACGUAUGUCUCUACUUACGGAAUUUUCAGGUAACGAGACGCCUCAACGAGAAAAUAUUGCCUCGUUACAAAAGAAAUUUCAGUGUAUGAAAGAUAAUACAAAAAUACAGUAUGGUACAGUCCCACAGUUUACUGAACGUUUAUACAUAUAGUUGCUCUGCCAUUGGCUACUGCCUAGCACCGCCCUGGCAUCCAAUUGGCUAGGAGGGACCUCUACUGUAUGUGUAUGUGUGUAUCCCAGUAUCCCCUUCAUUCACCCCUCAGGCCAUGAGGUGUUCAGACAGCUGUACGUGUAUUAACUUUUAUUCUUUUUUACAUUAUACACAACUCUCAUUUUAUGUUAAUUGUGCAAAAAUGUAAUUGUAACAUGCAUUUGUUACGUACAUGUUUUGAUGCAUUUUUAUGCUUAAUAAAAGAAUUACGGCUGAAUUUCGGGAGGGGGCGGGGGUUGGAACGGAUUAGGGCAUUAACAUGGAAAACAUGUCUCUACAUGUGAUAUUUCAGUUUACGAAACUACUUCCAGAACCAAUUCAUUUUGUAAGAGGGGUUCCACUGUAUUUGGUACUGCCAUUUCAAUAAUGCACAACAAAGUAAAAUUAAACAAAACAAAACAAAAAAAAAUACAGUAUUUAACUUGAAACCAUUUUCAAAAUGUUAAGAGAAUACUAAGGGGCUGUGAGAUAUCAAUAGAACCGUUAUGUGACAAGAUAACAAAUAUUAAUAAAGUUAACAAAAAAUAAAUCACAUUCAAGAGCAAUUAUCGAAAAUUACGAACAUUUCCGAAAGUACUCCGGAAACAGCCGAAUGGAACUUUGACGUCACAGCCAGGAAACAAAAGGUCGAGGCAGGUGCCAUCGUUGUUUAUCGACGAGAGAGUUGUGUUCAUGUUUUAUCAAAAAAUCGCUAAAAUGGUUCAAACCUGUCAUGCUAUAUGGUGUACAAAUAGUCAUUUGUCGCAAUGUAGUACCCAUGAGUUCCCGAACGCAAGAAAAAGAGCUGGAUUACGCAGACAAUGAGUAAAGUUCGUCCAUGCAAAAAGGGCUAAUUUUGCAGACCCAGCCUCAGGCACGGUUUUGUGUGGUGCGAAUUUUACAUCUGAAAGCUAUUCCAACUAUGGACAAAUGAAAUCAAAUUUUGCUAAGAAAUUACUGCUGAAAGCAGAUGCGGUGCCCACCAUACACGCGCAGCCACCUAAAUGUCCCGAGAUAUCAAGAAAGAGGACGAUGACUGGCACUGACGAGACCACCCCAGGCUAAGCAAAGGAGGGGAGCAGCCAAGCUCGAAAUGGGUAGAGUGAGUACUCUUUUAUAAUAAAAAAACAUAUCACACAUUGGAUAUAGGACUGGACACAUGUAUAAAUUAUCGCUCGUAAAAUAUAUACAACAAAUCCUCUAAUCCCAUUCAUAUUUCUGUUUGUUGGCAGAGCGAAAACCUAUGAUAGCACAAUAAAUGAUAAUUAUUCUAUACAUUAUUUUGCGGUCACGGUGUAUCAGCUUCACAAAAAGAAAUGCAAAACAAACCAUUCGGUGUUUCCCACACGAUCUGUUGCCGGUGUUUCAUCAGUGUGAUUGCUCCCCUAAAUGAUCGUUUCAUUACGCUGCAUUGGCUUUCGUUUGGGCUCAAAUUGAUAACCCAAAACACCAAAGAAAGGUUCAUAACUCUCCUCGUCAUCAUUAGAAGAACGUUCGUUACGUCGGAUUCGUCGCUGCAACUAGAAACAAAAUUGUGUUUCCUAGUUGUGACGUCACGCACAAAAUAUGCUAGAUUUCCGGAAUCUCGGGCGCCGGUCGUUUUAGUUUGACAAUCGAUCCAAAUUUCUAUCAUUUUCUUGGUGUUGCGAUGUGUGUAAUUACACGAUGUGUGUAAUUACACGAAGUGGCAUGAUAUGAAUCCAAAAGGCAUGAGUUUAUGGAUAAAUAAUGGAAUAUUAGCAUUUCCCCAGGUGUUGUAAUACACUUUAAUAACAAUAAUCUGCUAUUGAUUCACAGACAUGCCCUUUGUACUUCAUUAUUACUACUUAACAAUUAUAUUUUGGUGUUCUGUCACUUUCAUUUGUGUUUCCGGAUGGUAAAUGAAGGAAUCAUUUCAAUUUCAUCUAUUUGUAGAGUGCUAAUAAAAAGCUAAACUCUCCAAAAGUAGAUUGAAAACAAGUACAACUGCAUCAACGUUUUCUCAUUAGGGAGUUACCUCACAUUGAUGUCUGCCUGGUGCUCAAGAAGGAAAAGGGCACUUUUGCUGUCCUGUCUUUGGAUAGCCAUGUGAAGUAGGGUUUGUCCAUUGGACAUGGUAUCAUUGAUUGAAGCUCCUGAGCCCAGUAGCUGAGCUGCUAUUGUGUGCAUACCUAACAAGAGCAAAUUGUCCAAUUUAAGACAAGCAGUCGGUAAGGUUGUGACCCGAGGAGACUGCAUACUUGUGUCAAGAAACAACUGCGUGGAGCAUUAAUUUUAAUUACACCGCAAUUUACCUGUCCAGAGGGCCAAGCCCAAUACUGUCUGGUCCAAAGAGUCUUUGAGACUGAAGUCUGGAAUGAUCUGGAAAUUAUUGGUGGCAUGAAGUGCAUUUGCUGCAACAUAAAGAAAAGAAAUAGGUUGAUUGACUAAAGAAAAAUAACAGAAAAAUGGUAUUCGUGUAUACAAAAUAUAUGACCUUUUUGCUCAAGGAUGACAGAGACCACAUCUGGGUGGUUGUUAGCAAUGGCCAUAUGCAGGGGGGUUUGAAAAGCCACACCAAGUGCAUCAUCAGGCAAAGCCUUAAGGGUCUGUAGGUUGGGGUUGGCCCCUUGCUGGAGCAGCUCUGCUGUAAGACUUGCAAGGCCAAAGCGACAAGCUGUAUGAAGAGGACUUUCCCCCUGGAAUUGGAUACAAUCCAUCAAAUUCAAAUGACCAAGCAUGUGGAUAAGAAGUGCAUAUUAGGGUAUGUCGUAAUCCCUAAUCCUUCGUGUAUUUUAAUCAAAGAAUGUUGGAGAGUUUUAGAAACUUGAGAACCAGUUCAAAUUAUGAAAAAAAUGCACCAUAAGCCCGCCUUAAAACAUUACAGAUUGGUUGAAGGAUUUUGUGAUAUAUCUGCUUAAUUAGUUGCUGGCUGGAAUAUAAAAGAAAAAAAACCAAAUAUAAAAUAAAUAAUAUGCAAAGCAUCAGUUUACUUUUUGUCCAAACAGCAAAUGUAAGAGAUGCUUUGUGAAAUGGGCAUUCCAUUCAUUUCGCGAUAACCCAUAGAUGUGUCAUACGCACCCAUUUGUUAAUAUGAUUGACCUUUGCCCCAUGAGUGGCUAGGAAAAGAGCAGCUGCCUCAUUGGCUGCACGAGCUGCUCUCUGAAUGAGGCAGUUCCCUGUUGAAAAUAAAAUCAAAAUUAGAUAAAAGUUCGCCUCCAUUUUGACAAAACUACUAAAAAACGAAAAAUUAAUAAACCCCCACCUGUUGAUGAGUCAGGCGCAUCGGUAUUGCUCCCUCUUUGGAUUAACUGUGCCGCAAAGCUGUUCUCAUCAAACGAGGUGCCAUUGACAACGGGAGCAUCGUCCUCGAAUGGAUUUACAGAGUUGUCUGAAGAAACUGUGAUAUACUGCAGCGCUAACCACAAAGCUGCACUGCCCUCAUGGUCCUUAAGUUCCAAGUCGAGCCUAAUAGCAUUUAACAAAGUUAGGCUUUGGUAGUAAUAAGUACAAUACUAAGAGCUAUUUGUCAAGACGCAUAUUCAAUUUCUUGGCAGAAAGUAACUCACUGUCUGCACUGUAGUAGCUGGCUGAAAACAGGCUCGUUUCCUGAAGCUACAGCUUCAUGCAAGGGAGUUCUAACAUAGUAAAAAAAAAAAAAUAGUUGAAACCAUGUCAAAGUCUUGCUUUAAAAACCCUUUUGUGUAAGAAAAAGAUUAUCGAACAUGUGACUGACCUGCCCUUGCUGUUUUGCAUGUUGGGAUUGGCUCCAGCUUUGAGCAGAGCUUCUGCAAUCCUUGCCAUGCCACUCAUCACUUCUGCUGAGUGUUUUUUGGGGCUAAAAGAACAAACGAGGUGGAGAGGGGUCUCCACCGCUCCCACAGUAGCGGCGUUCACCUGAGCUGAGUGACGGAUUAAGAAGACUGAGGCAAAUUCGUCACCUGAAAAAAGAGGAACGCUGUAAUGAAGGAAGACAGCUGAGUUUACAUGAGUACUGAUGUACAUGUUUGACUAAGUAUUUUUGAGGGCUGCAGCACCGAUGUAGAGCAGGGGAGUGCCAUUAUGUUAGCCAACCCAUAUAAACAUUUAACUUGUUGACAGCCAUGGACGGUACUAGAUGUCAAAUCCAUUUUGACUGGGAGGCGCGAACCAGGCAAAAAUAAAUACUGAAUAUAAAUAGAAACAUGGCGUGUAACUUCCCACCUCUUUGGAUUGCCUUAUGCAGAAGACUCCAUCCGCUCUGGUCCACCAUGUCCACAUCCGCUUUGCUGUUAACUAAAGUGGUGGCAAUACUUUCCAGUUUUCGGGAAAGUGCCAAGUCCAGAGCUAGAUCACCGUUGUUGUCAAGUUCAUUCAACUUGCGUGGCAACUAACAACAACAAAUACAAUUUUGAGCUCAGAAAAAAAGCGUAAUUCUAACCUGCAUUUAAGUAGCUCACCGAACUCAGGAAUUUCUAACUCAAUAGCUACCACAGACUGUGUCUACUCGUGACAAAUGCUUUAAAUUUACAGCAUAAGUAUGAAAAGAGAUUAUUAAGAAGCAAGAGAUUGCAACAGACCUGUGAGUCCAUCUCGAUGAGAUAAAGGAAAACCACAUCUUCACGCUCAACUUUGAUGGCUUUAUGGAGAGGAUAGUCUGUUUUAGACUUUAUCAUCUUGUACAAAAGUUGGGCACUCAUGGUGCUGAAAUCUUCUUUCCUCAGAUCAUCCUAAGAAAGACAUUUUGCAUGAACUCAUUGGCUGCCAUUGACGGUGAGAGACGUCCAAUCUAUCCAAUACUCCAAGUGGGAAGUUAACCACCCUCCCACUUCAAAUGGAUUGGACGUCAACUAGUGACUAACUCAUUUAAACAACAGAAAGAUGAAAAGAGCCACAUGAUUGGACAUCUGUUGUCGUCAGUGGCACUGCAAGAGCUAAUAUGAACUACUUUAUUUUUUUGGAGGGAACUCACCCAGUGACUGGCUAUGAUCUCUCCACAGUAGUUCAUCAGAGUUGUGGCAUUUAGCUCCUCAGCUGUUUGGUAGAAGCGAAUGCAGUUCCUGACAUUUACCGAGGACAUUACACCUUUUUCACACCUGUCACCAUGCACAGAAAAGCAUGGAAGUGUCACAUACGAAUAUCACAAUAUAUUCACUGGAUAAUGAUAUUAAACAACUUGCGCUUGUCCAUUCAUGUCUGCAGGAUCUAAUAUCAAAGCUGCAUCAAUUUCAUUCGUAACAUUCAUAAAUGCCUCUCCACCUUGUAAUUCAUCGCUUUCAAUCUUUAAGGGGAACUUUUAUUUUUUUCAAGAAUCUUUUCUAUGUGCCGGCAAAGGUCACAACAUUCAUGUUGAUAUUCUGAUAGUGGAAUAAUAAACCGGUUGCCUCGCACGGCCAGACUGUUCUCCCAGUAUUUUUCAAACACUGUGAGAAUAGUCUGGGACCCAGCCCAUUAACGGCCUCUCGAGCAAAGACAAAAUCAACCGUCCAAUCAGAUUUGUUUAUUUGCGUGACGUGUUCUUAACGAGCAAUGUCACUCUUCCGCGUCGAAAGUCGUCUCCAGAACAACACAGAUGGCGAACAGGAGAGCCGAGAAUAUGUUCCAAUCCACGGUAAAAUCAGUUUUAAAUUACCGAAAACACAUCGACAUAAGUCAUUGACAACAGUCUGUCUCGCGCUCGCCAUGUUGAAUAAACUCCGCUCUCCUCAUAUGUUUACUUCCGCGCACAAGUCCCUCGUCGCUUUACUAACGUCACGUCCGUCCGUAGAUGAUUGGUCCACUCCGCUGCCUGUUUGCUGUGGCUUGCUCCGCCCCGGAAAUUUUAUCCGCUGAAUGGUGGCCAGACUCAAUAGCUGGAACAACGGUGAGUCUGGUGUAACAGGCUAACAAACAGGCACAUCUAAAUAAUCUCAGGGGGCCGCCAUUUUGUCCAAUACCACCCUCUGCUGUCAACUAAAAGCAGCAUUGCAGCUGCUCUCUGGCAGGGAUGUGAAUGUCACAUGACCCAACUUGGAAAAGGGAUUUAUUGUGCAUCUGUGCUGGCUAGCAAACUAUGGGUUGAAUACAGUUUUGAACCCAAAAGUAUAACACAUCUUGGUCAGUACAGUGGCUAUGAAUAUAUGUUGGUAAUUUCUGUUCCUACUGCAGCGACGUAAAGUUUUGAAAAACUUUUAGAGAACAUAAAAAUAAAAUAAAACGAAAACGUACAGUGGUAUUUGAGCAUGGCUUCUUCUGCCAUAUGACAAUGCAUUCUUUUGCAACCGAGCAAUUUAGUUGAUUGCAUGCCGUUCAUAACUUCGUAACUCAUAAACUGAGGACCUUCUGUAUUUGUGACAGGCUGACCUUUCUCUGAGAAGCUGAAGCUGGAAGCGGUUGGCCAGCUUCAUCAAGUCAAUGAGAAAUGCGUCAUCUUCACUAAGCUCCAAAUCGUCCGUGUAUGCCCAGCGUAACAUCGCCAUGGCAACCUCAGGUUUGCAAUCUGCAGACAUUUUUUAUGUAGUGAAAGUUAGAGAGCGACCAAUUAAAAUUCUCAGAACAAUAUUGGAACAUCCAAUGGACCCAUCAAAUCACACCAUUAACAGUCUUGUGGGAACGCGACUUUGAGGAAAUGUUCGUCACCCUCCAUUAACAUUUAUGCUAGGGAUGCGCUGAAAUGAACAUGCUCGUUUGAAACCGAAACCUGAAACAUCAAAAUGAAUUAUAAUACCUUGUUUUUUAAAUUCAUUUUGUCCACAAUUUGCAUGAGUGUCAAACCUUAAAUUACAUAAUUCUUCCCACUCAGGAAAAAAUGCUGCAAAAAUUGCAUUACAAAAUAAAAGCAGACUAGACGCCACAUGUUAUACACACAUAUUAAAGUUGUCUUUUUACAAACAUUGAUUUAUCGUGAUUAUUAAAAGUCAAAAGUGUGAUUUGGCUUUUAAGAAAUUGUCAAUCAGAAAACAAUGCCUAUUUCAUUUGCCAUCUUAAUGUGCAAACACACUGCAAUGACAACGACUACUAAUUUCCUGUUAACCAGGACUCUGGUGUCAUUUUCUGCCUCUCAGUACCACAAUCACCCACCAGAUAGGUCCAGUUCAGAGGUGUUGGCCAUAUUGGUGAGACUCCAGACGUCACUGCGAGCAGCCAGGACAAAUUUAUGGGCACUGAGCCUAUCCCCAUCAAUCUUCACUUUCAAAUCACUGCAAGGAAGGACACAGAAACACAGAGACAUGUUUAGAUGGCGAAUUAGGAAAAAAAAACAAAAAAACUAUUCUCUAGAACAAAUCAAGAUGCCAACCUAGAGCCGGGCAGUUUACCAGAGAUUUUUCAUGACAUAAUUUUGACCAUGUGGGUAAAUUCGUUUUCUUAAUGAAACGAAAACAUUUAAAGUGUUUUCAGCCUGUUUUGACUAUGUGUUGUUCAGCUAUGCAAAUUCCCCUUUAAGAAAGUUCCAUCUGUGUGCUUACGAGUGAAGUCAGGUGCCAAUUAGUAAAAACAAAUAGAAGCAUGUUGCUAUCAAAUGGUGUGCUAACGCUACAAGUGAACGUGAUGGAGUUGGAUAAUAGUUAAAUGGCUACCACCUGUAGACGUUUCGCUUAUGUCAGACAUUUUGGCAUAGUAAUGGAAACAAAUGCGCUCUGUGUGGGACGUGAGGUCACCAUAAACAACGACAGCGGCUCCAACGUUGUCGAAGCGGCUGA